AUGACCGACGUCGAGACGGACGCGCAGGAGCGUCACCUGAGCUUCGAUAACGAAGCGUCGUCUCCGCUCGAUGGGGACGACGGCGCUCGAGGGGAGGCGGCGGCGGUCGCGGAGCCCGACGAGAACGACACCUGGGUCGACCCGCGGACGGGCGAGGUCUUUCACAGGCUCUCGCCGUUCGAGCGAAAGGUGGUGUCCUUGGUCAUCGGCGAAGGCGUGGAGCGUCUCAAGCUGCUGCAGGAGCUCAAGGUGGAUCCCGAGGAACAGGCCGAGGAGCUCUCCAAGGCGCAGGGCGAGACCAUCAGCGCCAUCAUGAAUCGUCAGGCGGAGCUCGAGGAACGGUUCCAAGCCCUGCUGCUCGAGCGCGAGGAGAUCAACAGGGCGGACCUGCCGAUGGCGCACGCGUUGGCGAGAAACAAGGAGGAAUCGCUACGAGUCGCCGAGCAGAUGCGCGCCGUCACCGAGGAGCUGUGCGCGAACCUCAAGGGCACCCCCGACGUCAACGCGAGCAUCCUGGCAACGCAACAGGCCAUCGCACGGGGCAUGACGGUCAUGUGCAGCAUCAUCGAAGACGUGGAGCGCGACGGGACUUGGCCCUCGCUCAACGCGUUCAAUGCCGAGAUGGACGCGGCGAAGGCGGCGGAGGAAGCCGCCGUCGCGGAGGCUGGCGAGGACGAGGGCGAGGGGGAGAGCGAGGGGCAGGAGAAGUCGCUCGAGGAGAAGAAGGCGGAGAUGGAGGCUGCCGAAAAGGAGACCGCGGCCACCAUAGAGGCGCUGAAGAGGGAGAUUCAGGCCAAGCUCAAGUCGAACGCGAUCGAGCUCCGGUUUUUGGAGGCGGAUCUCAAGGGAAAAGGCGACGAGGAGUCGCAGCUGGCGCGGCAGAGGAUCUCCGAGCUGGAGCGCCAGGUGGCCGAGGCCGAGGCGCUCAUCGAGGAGGAGCAGUCGGUGCACAAGGCGACGUGCGAGUUUCUGCAGAACCGAAUCGACGCUCUGAACAAACAAAACGAGGAGACGCAGGAGCGGCACAAACGCAUGAAGGAUGAGAUGGAACGGAAGGUCGCGGCCGCGACGCAGGACCGCGAGGCGGCGGAGAGAGAGCUCGAGGAGGAGAAGGAGCUGUACGAAAAGGCAAAGGCGGCGUACGACGAGUGGCUGUUGAAGAAGGAGACCGAGCCCGUCGACCGAGAAGGAGGGCAGGAAGGAAAAGGAGGGCAGGAAGGAAAAGGAGGGCAGGAAGGAGAAGGAGGGCAGGAAGAAUAA